ACGCUCGAGGGCGGCCUGUGGAUCCGGGCGACGACGCAGCGGCGCCUCUUCCCGCACCAGCGGCGCGCCGUGUCCUGGCUCUGGGCGCUCCACGGCGAGGGCUGCGGCGGCAUCGUCGGCGACGAGAUGGGGCUGGGGAAGACGGCCCAGGUCGGCGCGUUUCUGGGCGCGCUCGCGGACGGGCCGCGGGGCCCGGACCGCUUCGACGUCUGCCGGAGCGCGCUGAUCCUGGCGCCGACGACGAUGCUGAGCCACUGGGUGCGCGAGCUCCACGCCUGGGCGCCGCGCGCGCGCGUCGUCGUCCUGCACCGGUCGUCCGCGCGCUUCGACGAGGCCGAGACGCCGUCCUGCGUGCUCUGCGUCGCGUCCUACGACGCCGUGCACCGCCUCGCGGACGCGCUCCUGGCCGUGCCGUGGUCCUACGCGGUCUUGGACGAGGGCCAGAAGCUCCGGAACCCGGACAGCCGCGUCACGCAGCUCUGCAAGCGGCUGCGCACGCCCCGGCGGCUCUUGUUAAGCGGCACGCCCGUGCAGAACUCGCUCCGCGAGCUCUGGAGCCUCUUCGACUUCGCCGUGCCCGGGCGACUGGGCACGCUCAAGGCCUUCGACCAGGAGCUCGCGCAGCCCAUCCGCGCGGGCGGCUUCGCGGGCGCGCGGCCCGCCCAGGUCCAGCUCGCCUACCGCUGCGCCGUCGCGCUCCGGGACCUCAUCCAGCCCUACCUGCUCCGGCGCACGAAAGCCGCGCUGACCGCCGCGGGCGACUCGGGCGUCGCCCUGCCGCCGAAGACGGAGCACGUGCUCCUCUGCGCGCUGUCCCAGGACCAGAUCGACCUCUACCGCCACGUGCUCGACGGCGACGACGUGCGGAAAGCGCUCGCGGGCGACGGCGGACAGCAGGCGACGGCGUUCCGCGCGAUCGCCGCGCUCCGGAAGAUCUGCAACCACCCGGACCUCUACGGCGGCCCGCCCGAGGGCGAGCCGCCGGGCGCGGCGAGCCGCUCGUCGAAGCUCGCGGCCUUGGACGCCGUCCUCGUGCGCUGGAAGGCCCAGGGCCACCGCGUCCUCGUCUUCUCGCAGACGAUCGCCAUGCUCGACGUCCUCGAGGCGCUCGUCGUCGCGCGGGGCUGGCGCUACGGCCGCAUGGACGGCGGCACGGCGCCGGCGGCGCGCCAGGCGACGGCGGACGCGUUCAACGCGUCGUCGAAGACCUUUCUCAUGCUCCUGACGACGCGCACGGGCGGCGUCGGCUUGUCGCUCGUCGGCGCGGAUCGCGUGGUCUUGUACGACCCGGACUGGAACCCGCAGACGGACGCGCAGGCGCGCGAGCGGUCCUGGCGGUUGGGGCAGACGAAGCCCGUGACCAUCUACCGGUUGGUCUGCGCGGGCACCAUCGAGGAGAAGAUCUACCACCGGCAGAUCUUCAAGCAGGCGCUCACGAACAAGGUGUUGAGCGACGCGAAGCAGCGGCGGCUCUUCUCGCAGUCGGAGCUCGGCGAGCUCUUCACGCUCGGCGAC